AUGGACGAGAACACACCAGGCCGAAAUGACAAUAGUGAAAUCCUUCCAGAAUCUAUCCCAUCUGCUCCAGGAACACUGCCUCAUUUUAUACAAGAGCCAGAUGAUGCCUACAUCAUUAAAAGCAACCCUAUAGUACUGCGCUGCAGAGCUGCGCCUGCAAUGCAGAUCUUCUUCAAGUGCAAUGGGGAAUGGGUCCACCAAAAUGAGCAUGUCUCCGAGGAAAGUACCGAUGAAAGCACAGGCUUGAAGGUUCGGGAGGCAUACAUCAAUGUGACGAGACAGCAAGUAGAGGAUUUUCAUGGGCCAGAGGACUACUGGUGCCAGUGUGUUGCAUGGAGCCAUUUAGGGACUUCGAAGAGCAGAAAAGCUUCGGUCCGCAUAGCAUAUUUGCGCAAAAACUUUGAGCAAGACCCCCAAGGAAAGGAAGUUCCUAUUGAAGGAAUGAUAGUACUACACUGUCGACCACCAGAGGGAGUGCCUGCAGCAGAGGUGUGUUGUGUUAUACUGUAUGCUGUCAAGUCAGAACCAGCUUACAAAGAUGCUAGUAAGGUGUUCAAGCUCUACAUUGGGCUUCCUUUCUAUUUCUCACAGUUUUUCCUUGCUCCUAGUAAUGGCUGCCUGAUUAGACUUGAAUCAGUGGAAGCUAGCUCUGGGCUUCCAUUUCUAUAUCCCUAUAAUAUCCCUAAAAUGGAUUUCACAGAGGACAGUGAGGCUCUUCCCUCGCCCCUUAAUACCAGUUUUCAAACAGGUCCUCAGUAG